AUGCCCGAUCUCUUAUCCCUGUUGGCCGACAAGGCCCUAGAUGUCGAUCCCGAUCUCCGGUUCAUGGCAUUGGAAGACUUGCGCAAACACCUUAAUGACCCAAAAGUGGAAAUCAGACCCCGUCAAGUCGAAAAAUUCGUGCCGAUUCUCUUUCGACUUUUGCACGAUUCCAACCCCAACGUUCAGAGCCAAGCCGUCAAGACUUUUGCGCCGGUAGCACAGUAUGUUGAAGAGAAAGUGGUGCUCAACAUGCUUACAAAGUUGUACGAUGAAGUGGAAAAGGAAAAUAGUGAUGGACGAAUCACCACCUCGAUUCCUUCAAUGGCACUUCACAAUAUUCUUGCUAGUGACCACCGGUUCGAACCCCAAUUGGCCCGUAAAAUCAUCCACGCCAUCAUUCCUGCCAUAUUUUCCAAAAACGCCACCAUAGACUCGAUGGAGUUGCUCAUCGAUAUAGUUUCGGCAACUGGAUUUGUCAUUGAAGAUUCGGAAAUUUUGGACCUUCUGGUACAAGUAAUUGACAUUGUGUUUCGCCACGAUGGAAUGCUAGGCACUAGAGCCGCGGUAGCGCUUCAGGAGCUCUUGUCGUACCUCAAUGGAGGAACUACACAGCAAAUUAUUCACCAAUUGACGGUAUUGGUGAACGGGCACGAAGGAGAUAUCCAAAAGAAAUUGAGUCUUUUUUCCAUUAUUUUGAAACAUGAUGCUCCCCACGAUGCUAUUCAAGUGGUACGUUCCACCAUACAAUCGUGUGUUUCGUUGCAAAAUGACACCGACCUCGAGAACAUCGACCUUGAUGUGGUGGCUCGCGACAAUUCCAUUCGUGCUUCUGCGCUCACCACUUUGGCAAAUAUGGUGUCGUGUGUGAGUAGUGACGAGGUUCCGGUAGACGAAUGUAUCGAUGUUGUGGUGAAAUUUGCAAAUUAUGAUCCACUUUCGCUGAACGAUUCUGACGAAGAAGAAGAAUAUUCCGAUAUGUCGGACCUCGAAUUCGAAGACGACGGCGACCAGGAGUUCGAGUCUGAUGACGGCUCGUGGCGCGUGAGACUCAAGGCUUGCAAUGUGGCCAAAAACUUGGUUUUAAACGUUCCUUCGUCGGUUCCAAAAAUACUACAAAAAUGCUUGGACGUUUUGAUUCUUGCUAUGACCGGCUCAAGCGAGGCAGUUGCACAUGAGGCUAUUGGCUCUGUCACCGCGGCACUCAAUACUCCCCAAAAAACGAACCCAUCUGACAUCUCCAAAAUUGAAAAAACCACCCUCGCUCUCAUCACAAAGCCCGACCUCAUGCACCAUGUUUUGGAGCUAGUUAUAGCAUUGGCUGCGAAAAACGUCUCCUCCGAGUUCUGGGACCACUUGUUUGAUAAACUUGGUGAGCAGUCCAAUACCGAGUACUGGCGACUCUACCGUGCUGUUCUCUCCGAAACAGAACCGGAAAAAUUAUCCACCAAUGUUGUGGAAACCAUCGCCAAGGAUGUUGCCCAUGCUCUCCAAGCGUCCACAAUGCACUAUGUGCUCACCGAGAGCCUUACCAUAGCCAGCUUGUUGCUCCAUCGUCACGAAACAACCACAGAACUGCACCAAACUCUUGUGGAAAUUUUGGACGUUAUCAUCGCAAAAUGUGGAGAUCGUCAGUAUUCCAGUGAUCUUCGCCAGUCGCUCAUUUCUACGCUUUGUGAGUACUUGUCCACCAUCGAAACGUCGGAAUCUCAGCAGGAACAAUGCUCAAAUGUGCUUUUAGCAGCAUUGGGAUACGAAGCUACUAUGCGAACGGUAUUGGCGAGUUCAGGUCCAAUUUUUCAAAAUGCAAAUUUAGCUAAAGGUCAAGGUUUGCAACAGUUUGCAGUAUCUUUGGGGCACCGGCUUCAGGCCGUGCUUGCAUCUCCAGACCAAACUUACCAUGGUUUAUCUCUUCAGUUGCUAGCGACUCUUACCGAGGAGUUGGAUGCGGAUGAAUCAAAAAAGGCGGUUUCGGCAGUUGUGGAGUUUGGUUUGAGAACAGAGGACUCUCUGCAAAUUGCCGAGUGUUUUGCUAUACUCGAAAAAGCAAAUGUGCAACUUGGUGAACAAGAAGUUUUGGUAAUUGCCCAAUUGGCAUUGAAAGUGGACGAAGAGUAUAGUGUGAAAUAUUUCCGGAAAUUGGCUUCUUGUGGUGGAAACUUGUUCAGCGUGCUUAAGACGACGCUAAAGGAUCGUCCCCGGCUCUUGGCGGCAGUAGCCGUGCUGGAAAAAGAUUGUGAUAUUUUUGAAAAAGUUGGUCAAAUUGAUCUCAGUGAUAACCAGUUGGAAAUGUCACUAAAAUUUUUGGGUUGGGCAGCUUUCUACGGAGCAAAUGUUCCCCCAGCAACCUUCUUUGACCAACUAAACAACUCGUCUGCUGCUAUAAAGACAGCGGCUGCUUCGGCGCUCGGUUUGGUCAUUUCUAAAGAGCUCGAGUCGCACAUCGAUACUACGCUCAAUGGACUUUUGCAAGCUUACCAAAACCAUCCUUCGCUCCACACAUGGCUUCUCGUGGCCUUCAGACCCAUACCUACAAAGCAUACCGACUACUUGCAAAAUAUCUGGACUACAAUAUGGAACACCAUUUGGUCGAGCGUCGCAACUGCGAAUCUUGAAAAACAGUUGGGAGAACUUCGCCAAGCAGGAGAGAUUUUGGCGCUUGCCUGCGAUGCCAAUGGUGAUCUACUUGACCGUGAGUAUCUAAAUGGCACCGAUGCGGAGAUUUAUGUUGAUAUUGCUGUACUUAAACAACUGUUAACAAAACUGCACUCGGCGCACCUUCUUGAGAAAAAACUUGUACAAGUUAUGCCAGCAAUUAAGAAGAUGUCUAUUGAAAUCAAGCAAGCUAUGAUCGGAACAUUCUUGACUGCUAUUCACAGAAGAAUUGAUGUUGCUGACCGGGUUAUGGACUCGAUACUUUUGGCAGUUUAUGGCGAGUUGGACGCUCGCGACGAAUUCAAAAAAACAAUCCCCAUGGGUCCCUACAAAUACGUGAUUGACGAGGGAUUGGAAAUCCGAAAGCUCUGCUACGAACUACUCUACACUGUGGCAGGCCACGAAAAUCGAGAUCAUAUUGUGAUAGCUCACCAUGCUAUCAGUCAUGGACUUAUCGAUAAUGAACCGGAUGUGGUGAUGUUGGCGUGCGGCGUGGUGCGGCGGUGCGCUGCAGGUGGCGGUGAUAACGACAGCGUAAUUUCGGAAAAAUCGUUUGUGACAAACCACUCGGUGGUUUCACAAUUGAUUGCCAAUAUUCGAGUUUUGUUUGCCAAGAAAGUACGUCCUAAAGCUAGUGCUCAGGAAACCGAAACUUUCGAAACAAUGAUCCGAACUGUGGUGCUUAUGUCAAAUGACGUAAAUACGGCGAUGCAGUCGUCGGUUAUACCUCCGGAAGUGCAACUCGAGUGGAAUAGGUUCUUCCAUGAGGUCGAGACCCGCAUGUGA